GAGUAUGCUCUCCGCGAGUGGCGUCCAGUCUCAACAACCAAACGACGAAGAGUCAACAUUCAAGCACAGCACGAUCCUCACACUUGCGACGUCUUAUUGUCAGUAGUAUACUUGUCGCAGUAACGUACAGACAAACAAUUCCGCUGAACAACUUGUUUGUGCAACAUUUGCAUGUGAGCGUUCUUCACCUUAACCUACGACAACAUCCAGCCACUGUGACCGCUGAGCGCGUGAGAGCAUAAACAGCGUAAUCCUCUACUACAACAACAACGCAACAAACUUCAAACUCACUCACUCACUAGCUUUCGAAAGCUAUAGCGACACCACUCGACCACAACCGCAAUCGCAACCACAACAACAACAGUAAAACAAUAUGGGCAAUCCAAUCUGGUUCAUUUUUUGGUUUUUGAUCUUUUGGUUCAUCUCAUUCUUUGUGGCUUUCUUCGCUGCAUUCUGCUAUAUAAUACUCUAUGUGCUUGAGGUGAUCUUCAGUGGAUUAUCGGGUCUCAACAACCUACUGUUGCAAGGCAUACAAUUCCCCCACUACUGUGCACAGGCUAUGCUGGACUGCAAGUCUCCGUUAUAAAUGUUUAUCGGCAGUGCAUAAGUGUUUGUUUCUUUUGUUAUUCUUGUAUUGUUAGUAUAUACACAGAUAUAAAUAAAUAAUUAAGCUUUACAGUUAUAAACUCACAAAUAAUGUAUACAUAUAGUGGCAUGAAAUUGUAUUGCCCAAAUGAAUAAGAGGCCAUUUAACUAUUAAAUAAUACAUUAAAUCUUUUUCUACUCAGUCCAAAAUAAUUUAUUGUUAUAAAAAUGUGCUAAAAUAAAAAAAAAUAAUCAAA